AUGGAUGCUCUAGAGUACGUGUUUUCUGCUGCAAGCGAGGACAGCUCUAAUGUGCUGGAAUUCAAACCAAAGUGUGUCAUGCGAGAGGAUCUGAUGAGCUUAAGCAGAAAAUUUCCAUUGAUUCCUGGUUCUGAACGAUCGAUAAAAUUUUGCACAACUAAACUGUCUCACAAGGUGAGUCUUUCAUAUCGUGUCUUCAUUAUACCCCAAUCUCGCGAACAAAACAUAUUAAGUUAAACCGGGUUUAACUAAAUAAAAAUCAGAAACAAAGAACUGAAAACUGAAUUUUCUAUAAGUUUCGGGUAGUACUAGUUUGUGAAUGCCAAUGAGUGAAACGGCAGCUUUUAUGAAUAAAAGCUUUUCAACCGCGUUUAAUAAAACAGCGUUUAAACAUGUUUGAUUUCAAGAGAGUACUAAUUUAUAUGGAACUAACGGACUUGGACAUCACUGUUCCCAGGACUAGACAUGGAGGCUGUAAGAUAACUCAAAUCAAAAUGUGGCGUUAGCUAAGUGUAAAGUUAAGAAAGCGUCAAAGCAAGUUCUGUGUGGCAAAAAGAAUCAAUUUUCUUUGUUUCUGUUUUUUCCGGGGCGAAUUUUUGGUAGAGGAAAGUUCGCUUUAUGGUAGACAUUAAAAACACUGUAAGGCUGUCUCAUUGAUUGGGGAAAAAAUGCAAUUUCGAGCAAAAAAUAGUGCGAUUCAUGAAAAAAUCGCACCAAUGAGAGCCAAUUAGAUUGCAAGGAUCAUCGGUGAUUUCAAAAAUGGACAUAUUAAUAUUAAUUGCAAUAAUAAAAGAAAUAGUGCUCAUAACUGAAUAUAACAAUGAUAAUAAUGAUCGCAACCGAACCCAAUGUAUUUACUUGAGAGGAAAAAAGGAACUUAGCCUUUUUGUUGCAUCGCUAUUUCUUACAAUGAUGAAUAUGGUAGAAGCUGUCAAAACUAAGACUUUAUUUUCGUACCUCAAAAAAUUACAAGAGAUCAAAAAAUAAAAGAGUUGAUAAAUAUUCAAAUGACGCAAUAAAUAUGUGUCUGUUCAUUUCACGGGUAAAAAUUUUAGUUUGAUGGAGUUCAAGUAUAUACUUUAUUAUUUCAGCUGCGAGAGACACCAGCCGAUGCUGAUUUUGAUCUGACAGAUCCUUAUAGUUCACCGCCACAGUACAAUGUACUACACGACCCUCAUUUGAAGGAUUACUUUCAGAGUCCAGCCAUGAAGCGCAGACUUGUCGACAAAGGUGAGCUGCAAUUUUCAAUUGAAUACCGUUCAUAAUCCCAGAAUGCUUUGGUUUCGCUUUACUACGCCCUGUUAUCGGUCAAGAAAACGUGCACUACUCUCUCUACCACUCAGACCAAAAACUAUAGCCUGCUCUUUACUUUUAGUGAGUGAAACGAAGCGUGGAAGGAAACAGUACGACAGAAGCGGAGGAGUGAAAAAACGAAGGGGUUUGGGUCUGCUCGCGUAUAGUCUUGUACCCAGACUUUUCAUGGCCAAGCGAUUGUACAUUUCAGUAACAGUUACACGGUAAUAUCUGGGUGCGUGAUUAGGUCAGGCAAUGAACCAACCCGAUGCAAACCUCCUUCGGUUUUUACUCUGCCGCCACCAUCGCACUGACUAUUUUGCACGGAUUUACCAUCCUUCUGACUUGCUGAAAGCCUGCAAUAGGCUUGGAAACUAGAGCCAAGUAUGAUUUGCUCACACGAGAUUUUCAAAGUUCACUCGUUUCAACUUAAAGUUUUCAUUGACUUCUUGUAAUAUUUUCCAUUUUCUUCUGAUUGACUUUUAGUUCUUUUUUAUACCACUCGAUUGAAAUCUUGAUCAUUCAGCACUGAUCAGUAUAGACUACAUAAGCGAAUAGUGGUUUUUUGCGCGCGCUGAUUGGCUAGUUUUGAAGCGAUUAGCCAGUUGUAUUCACCCCCGAGCAGCUGAAGAGUCAAAUUGCGCGUCAGGAGUUUAAUUUCUAACCAUUUUCGAUAUAUAGGGAGAAAUAAACUGAUUUUCUUGUUUCCGUAUGUGUUAUAUACUUAAUUAUUUAAAAACCUUAUUAUCAGUGACCAGUAUUAACCUCCAACUAUGAAUAAUUAACAAUUAUUCCUUAAGCGCUUGUUGAAUAUGAGAUGGUACUAGCCAACGAAGUGCAUAGUACCGAGUUGGCUAUAACCAGUUUCGUAUCCAGCGAGCGCGUAUGAAAUAAUUGUUUGCUUAAAUCCUGAACGUUUGGAUAUUAGGAGCCUUUUCAGCUCCGCAACAGUUGGUGCAAUGCAUUCCCGUAUGAGGUGAAUUGAGAUAUGAGCUGACAACUGGAAAUGAGCAAACCAAUCGAAACACUAGAAACUUAAUGUUCGGAGCUGGAAAUUUAAUAAUUGUUAAUCAUUGUUUGCUUACUUUGAAUCUUUUCUUGGUUUGUCCUGAAGGUUUCAUCACAAACAGCGGCUUUAUAAAAUGUACCCUUCUUGAAUUCAACAUGUUUCGCCAGUGGAUUAGAAAGCUUAAGUUAGAUCGAAUGCAUCAGGAACGCCGAAGACAGCGUCGGCUUGAGCUUCAGCUCUGGAAAGAGAAGCAAGCUAGGGAACGUCUUCUUCGGGACAAAGAGCUGUACAGCAUCGUGCGGUUGCGGGAACAGAGGGCAAGAGAUCUGAAAGAACGCGCUGUCAAAAAGCGUGAAACAGACAGGGAAAAGUACCUAAAACUACAUGCGAAAGAUCGGAAGAGGAGGGAAGAGUACAAAGAAGCCGUGAGGCGAAAAAAGGACAGGGAUGCAAGUGAAAGAGAGAAGCAUCUCGCUGAUAGAGAACUGCAAAAGAAUGAAACGGAAACCAAGGCGUGUUAGACAUAAAUAACUUUGAAUGUUAAUAUAUGAAAAUCAUAUAUGUGAACUUGAAAACGAAGGAACGUUUCUUUGUCCGCAGUUCACAUGUAUGAUUUUCAUAUAUUUACAGUGAUUUAUUCAUCACUUCAUGGAUUUAUUUGAGGAGGGAGGGGGAAGGGAGGAAUGGAGGAAUGGAGGAAGGGAGGGGGAGGGAGGGAGGGAGGGAGGGGGAAGCUGUUAGAAGCUGUACAGUCCUGCUGCUCACAGCCUUGCGUACGCCUUAUUACCUUGACAUGUAAUACGUAUGGACCGAGCGCAGCGAGCUCUACGUGUUUUGACAUGUAGAGCUCACUGUGCGUCACGACCUCGACUCAAAUGUUUCCUCGUCCAGUCCUUCCGCUCAGUCGAUAAGUUUAUAGUGUUAUACCUAGACUUUCACUCAUUCAAAUGAGCACUGUGAUUGGUUGAUUCUUGGUUACGUGCCCCUGAUCGAAUUCAAAUGUAUCCCGACCGGGAUACAAUUGCGCAGUUGUUGCCCGUGCUCCGAAUACAACAGCAUGUCCUCGAGUCCUGAUGUUUCUCAAGACAAAGUCGAGGGAAACAUCAGAACUCUCAAGAAAACAAAACUAACUGUUUCCCUUGGGACCAUACAGUAAGUGUAUAUUACUUACUGAAGUGGAAGUGUAGGGCAGCGAGUGCCACACAUUAUCACCUCGAUCCAGAUAUUUUCCCGACCGGCCCUCCCGCUCAGUAGCUACGUUUUUAUAAUUUACUGGAGUGGAGUUGAAGCGCAGCAAGUUCCCCACGACAUGACCUUGAGCUAUUUGCCUGUCUGGCCCCCUCCCUGCCCACCGGCUAAUUUAAUUUUUUUUAUCGAUUUAUUUUUGCAGGUUAAGAAAACUAAAAUUCGCCUCCUCGUGAAACGAAAUUAUGAAGACAGAAAAAGAGAAUCAUUGGUGCAACAGAAAAAACAGUCUAUGGUGGAAGAAAAAGAACAAAAGGUAGACAUAUUUUCUUCUGACUUCUUUAGUAUCUCAGCAUUCUUGAACUAACUCAGCAUGCGACGUUUUGAAACUAAAAGCAAAUCGGUCUCAGUAAAGGAUAGAAUGCAACUCGAUGAACCAAUGACAACUCGAGGGUCGAGCGCGGGAAAACGAGGAUUGGGAAGUUGUCUCAAGGUUUUCAUUGUGAGUCAGUUUCAGGGCGUAGGUUUGCAAAACCUUAGGAUUGCAAGAAAUAAGUAAAAUCCUGAUUUGACAACCAUUACGAAAAAAAUUCAGAUUUGUAGAUGGAUAGAAGCUGGCGUGUACCACUCGUUGAGCAAACUUCAAUGCAAUGUUAACUCUAACAUGUGCGAAAAGCACGACACAUUAGCGCGCUAAGAAGGUAACUACUUCAUUUCUUUUUCCUGUACAGACUCAGACAAAAUCUUAUUGUAAUGUUUCCACUGCUUUUCUUUUUAGAUGAGGGAGAAUUGGAAGCGUCGUUGCGCAAUGUUGUUGGUUCGACAGGAAGAAAAACGCAAACAGGUAGAAGAUGAAAGACUAGAGUUUGAGAGAAAUGUAGCAAGAAGGACUUCGAUUGUGGAGAAACAGCGUCGUAAAAGCCGAGGUAAACCAAUCCUUUGCUUUAAAUAUGGAGCGCUUUUCGUGUCGUAAAAGCAAAGCCAAUGACAACGGCCGAUCAAAAGAAAGGAAAAUACGUUUGAUACGAGAACUCAAAGUAAAACCAACCAAAUUGCCUAAAGCGCGGGAAAACGCGGGCGACCAGGUUGUUAUUGGUUUUAGUUUUGAAUCUGAUUGGUUGAGAGAGUGGCACGAGUUUUCUUGACCAAUCACAGAGCCAAGUGAAGUAACAUAAUACAAUCUCGGACUACUUCGACACUCAAUCAAAAAUUGCGAUGAAACAGACAUUUUGGAUUAAAAACGUCGUUUGCAAAUAUUCCUAACCCAAUUGUAAUAAUCCUAGUUCUGUGUGGAUAUUGGACAAGAUAAAUCAUUAAAUUUUGAGUACGGGCGUCGAAUGUUGAAAGAUGUUAUUCGCUUUACAAAAGAACCAAAAAAAUUUGGGUCUCAUAAAGAAUCAAACCCCAGACCUUCGGAUUCUGUGCUCCAAUACUUUGCCAUUGGGUUGCUGAAAACUUUGUCGUGGGUUAGGCCAGCUACAAGGUGAGUACAUAUGUGACAAGCACCCAGCAUACGCUAGGAUCCCUGAGCAAUAUCGAAAGCGUUGAGUGUGUUAAUAGAAUCGUGGUUGGUUCUUUUUUCUUCGGAAAUCGUUAAAUGCCACUCAAGCAUUUUUCUAACGAAGAGUAAAUAUAUAAAUCGAUGUCACGGAGGCUGAAUAGAAAAGAAUUUACCGAAGAUAAAUACGUUCGGUGUUAUAGAAUAAUUCCGUUAUAUGUUUAUGUUUUCUCCCUUUCAGAACAACAUGAUCAGUGCUUGCAAAAGAGGCGCAAUACUCUUGUAAAGCAACAUCACAACGCGGAGCUUUUCCUUGAGAAAAUGAGAGAGAAUAAGUUGAAAGACUUAAAAAUAUGGAAGCAGAAACAUGCUUGGAUGCGAGAGAGGCAUGAAAAGCAGGUCAGAAGUGACUAUUGGUUGUCUGGAAAAGAGGAACGCUUAUGGCAAUAUCGAAAGUGCUCUGAGUAUUUGCGAAUUGCAUGCCAAAUUAUAUCUCUCUAUGGGGAAAGAUCAACUGAUCAUUUUAUCAGUAAUGGCGAGCUUUUUGUCUCAAUUGAGAACAUAGUUGUUGUCAUAGUAGAGUGAUCGAAAACAAUUUCUUACCGUGAUUACAAUGCAAAAACUGUACCACGGUAAAGAACGACUUUGUUGGGUGAGAAAACUCACCCUUUUCCCAUACAUCUUGCUACAUUUGUUGAUAGAGGGAACCCAUGAGAUCAAAACACCACACAGGGUGUUUUAUCAUCCCAAUUUGUGUUUGUUUAGGGUAGGAGGGGGACAUUGUAAGGAAAUUCCGGGAUGUAGUAUACUUUGAAGUCAUCAACCUUGGCUUCGGUUAGAAUUAUCCGUUUAUUUUUCUACCCUGUGUUGGAUAACAACUUGUGGCAUAUUGACCUCAGGGAACCUUUAUCGCUGUUUAAACUUGCGUAUUCAUGCUGGGAGAGGGACCUUAAAUUAAUGAAUAUGUAGUACUGGAAAGUAUUAAUGCAUGCUAAUGCAGAUUAUUUAUAUUUUUGCGUUUUGACAACAUGAAUUGUAAGGUUGGUAAAUUUCUGAUUAAAAACUUGUGAUCCUCUCCCACUAAGGGAUGGGGUCACAGGCACCAUAGGCACCCCCUCUCUCUUAGUUUGCCCCAGUCCUAAUUUAGGCUCAAGAUUCGGAUGACUACUCCCGGUUCGAUGACAUAUACCCGUUUAGGCUAAGUACCCCCAUCCUUGGAAUUUUCGCGUGGAAGGAAGCAGACGCAUAAGUGGUAACUUUUCGCUGGUGUGCUCCUUAGGGACGUAGAGUUUCGCAUCAGACCAAAGCUAGCGGUCGGGGUCGAGAAAAACGUCGGAGGUCUCGGUUGUCAAGCGUGUGGGAUUUAAAGUCAUCCCUUGAAGAAGAAUUUGGAAUCAAAGACAAUGUAGUUUACAGGUAAUACAGUAAAGAAGAAGGAGAAAAAUGAUCGGGGCAAACGAUGCAAUAAUUCUCCUGCCCCCUAACAAACACUCUCAAGAUGAAUAAAUGAAGAACAUAUGAAAUAAAUGAUAUAGUUAUUUACAAAAUUGACCCCCCCCCUUAUCUCCCUUCUUGGUUUUUCCUUAGUGAUUUUUCGAAAGAAGAAAGGAACAAUCUUUCUCAGAGUUGUCCUUUCCUUUGACCUUAAGGCCUUGAUCCAUUCCUUGGAAAUGUGUUGUCCAAGGGUGACCUGGGUUUUUUUUUAUCCCUGAUAUGUUUGAUAGCCUUGCAUUUUAAACCCAGGCGGAAAAAGGAGUAUACGUCAUUUGUGAUGUUUAUGUCUCACUCUAUUGUCGCUUUCUUCUUCGGACGACGCAGGGCGAAAACCUAAAGAAAUGGCAAAUAAAUACCCAAAUGAGCGAUUCCCCUUCGAAAUUCUCUAUAUCUUUGUCCUACCCGUCUCUCACUCUCUUUAUCGUUCUGUUUUGAAGUGGUGUCGUUUUUGCGGGGAAGAAGACACGAGAAGACGAUCAGCUAAGAAAGGUAAGAUUUUGUUCAGUAUAGAUGUGUUUUAUGGUAAAAAGGUGUAUGGAGGUACACCCGAGUGCCUGGCAUUGUGUGAUCAUCCACGAGAGAAAAUCAUCUUUAAAUGAGAAUUGUUAUACAUUACCAUUCCAUAACUAGACGAUCAUGAAUUGUUUAUUGACGCCAACUUUUCCGUUUAGAAGAGGUAGAGAUCUAAUUAUCUCACAAAACGAUCGAGAACAAAACCAAGCUCUCAUUAAGUAGAAUUCUGCACAAGCUCAUACAAAAAGUGACAUCUGUAACAAUGCAGAACUUCGCAACCUCUUCUGACUUCCCAAUGCCCUCUCACUUUCCCUUUUGUCUUCCUUCCGCUUCCAUUUGUUUCUUUCCUUGCUCCGCUUCUUACUUUGUUCUGCCCCAUUCUGCUUCUUCGUUACCUUCAGUGUGUGUCUGCCUCCAUGCCUUUCCUCUUUCGACCACUUCUACUUCGGUUUUCCUUCCUUCCAAUAAACUGAACUCGAAACAGACUAUUCACACAAUGACGUAAAACAAGUUAACUUUCUAAUUCCAUGUGAUAUUUCAAAUGGACUUCAAAGCGAAAUGUAUAAGAUUAACAAGGAUUUAGCAAACAGCUGAAAACAGACAUGUUACAUCCAUGUGAUCAUCAGCGGACGCCAUGAUGGUUUUUUUAAACAUCCUACCUAGUUCCAAGCAAACAUCUGGUAUCAAUAACUUCCGGUUUAUAUGAGCAUUACAAUCUCCACCAAAGGGAAGAUUUCCUAGCAUGCCAUCCUUACUGAUUGUUUUCACGAAAUUGUAGUAGAGAUAUGAGCGUGAUUCUGGGGCGUAACUCGGUAAAUUGUGACUUAUUUCAUAUAAUUGUUAGCUUUCAGAGAAAAAUAUGGAUCGAGAGAGAGAAGAAUUGCACAAGUUGGAGAAACUUUGGACGCGGUUAAAAGCUGAGUUCGCUUUGCGAGAGAAAGUUCACCACAUCGUGUUUGAUAUAAUUUCAAACGCUUCAGAGGCAUUAGAUCGCCAUGAGAUGCUGCAAACUUGUAGAAAAACUUCCAAUUACGUUCAGGAAGUCAUGAACUUUGCACAGAAAAAAUCAGCCAAUAACCAGUCAGACGAUUUAAGAUCCAAAGUGAGGAAGUAUAUACUACAAGUGAUAGAGAAUGUCUCCCUCGCCGUUGAUGAAGCGGAACGAUGGCGACAUGUUCAAAAGAUUGUAAACAUUGCCAUUAACAGGGCCAGAGAAGACGUGAUCUCGUCACGCAAAACUGCCAAAGAGAUAGUUGUGACUGCUAUCGACAGGGCACGUGAGAAGGUUGCGCAGCAAAUCUCUCAUGAUCUGGAUGAAUGCGCUGAGGCCAUAGUGGCAGGUUCUAUCAUAUCGGCUACGCGAAAGAUGCAAGACGCUCCGGAAGUGAUCAUGGCGCGAUCUCUGGCUAUUGAAGCCGUGAAUUCCGCAAAAGCGUCCAUAGAACGCUUACACAGGGUGGAGCUUGAAGCCAUCGUCGAUGAAGACCAGUUUCAGUUUUCGACGACCUUGGAUAAGUGCGCCAAAGAGCUCACAAUGGCUGCUAUCAUAUCGGCCAGCAGAUCAUUGGAAAAUGUCUUAAGUAAGGACGAUUGCGAUUUGAUAUCAGCACGCUCUCUAGCCUCUGACGCUGUCGCAGCGGCUAGAUCUGUAGUUCAGAAGUUAUAUGGCAUAGAAGUUGAAACAGAUGAUGAAGACGAGGAUCAUUAUGUUACGAUUUUUAAGUGUCUCGUGAAAUCCGCAAAAGGCAUCGCUCAGGCCAUGGCUAGUACCUCUGACACAUUCUCUGGACAAUGCGAUCUGGAAGAUUUGACGGCCAAGAAACUUUCAACGGAUGCUGUGCAUGCAGCGAAGAUAUCAUUAGAAAAACUUGGCAUAAACGUUGAGGAAAUGGACCAUGACGAACAGGCUUGUAAAGAUAUCGCAAGUGCUGCUGUUGUUUCCGCUGCGCGUUCUUUGCAGAAAGACUUCCUGUCACGCGAAAGUGAUUUGGUAGCGGCAGCACAAACUUUGGCUCACACGGCAUUGGAAUCCGCAAAAGAAUCUUUUGAACUGUUCUACCGUGCGGAAAUCGUUUCUGAUGCAAGGAUAGAAGGAAAGACGCAUAAACUCCCUUCAGAGUUGGAUGAAGUCGCAAGAGACAUUGCAGAGGCCACUGUUGAUUCAGCCACACGAUCUCUCGAGCGGAUAAUGGAAAAGAACGAGUGGAAUCUGAUAUCAACAAGUCACGAGCUGGUGAGUGAUGUAAUUGACUCUGUGAAGGCAUCGUUGGAAAGGUUUCACGGAGUCGCGAUUGAACCAGAGGAAGAAGUUAUAUUGAGUUUACAACAAGCCUCAGAGAGUUCUCUGGAAUAUUCCAUUUUUGCGAAGAGUGCCUCGUUGGAAACUUUACAAGGAAACGAACAAGACUUGUGCAUUGCAGCACGAAGUCUUGCACGGGAGGCUCUGAAAUCGGCAAAAGCAUCAAUACAGCGACUCAACAACAUCGCUGAUCAAAUGGAAGAAAACAUAAAACAAACUGCGCUUGACAUUUCCAAAACUCUCAUGGAUUCCUCAGGCAACCUUCUGCAAAAACUCGAGAGGGAAGGAUUAACCGUGGCGUCUCGAGAUCUUGGAUGCAGUGCAAUUGAGUCGGCUGCAAAAUCUUUCUCUAAAUUGCACGAAGACGAGGCUUCAUUGCAAAACAUUGCCGACGAUGACUCGGGCUUGCUGAACGCAGCAGCAAAAGUAUCUACAGUUUCCAUCCGUGCUUCUUUGGGUGAACUCUUUGAUCGAGGAUUCAUUGGUGGCCAGGAGUUAGAGGAAGCUACAGGCUACUUAGCAACUCAUGCAGUGCUCUCGGCUGAAAAUCUACUUGAUUCAAUACAAGGUGACUCUUCGGCAAGUUAUCUAGACUUGGAGAUUUGUAAAGUUGCCAAAGACCUGGCGUUAAAUGCAGUUGUAUCUGCAGAAAGAUCAAUUACCCGCCUGGCAGGAGAACACCAAGAACCUUCAGCAGAACGUAAUCCUCAUCUUGGAACCUUGUUUUGGAAGGUUACAACCUAUGUAGAGCAGCUUAUAAACGGUGCUUUGAGAAAUCUUGGGGCAGAGUGGUGCUUUGUCCAAAUAGAUGACGAUUCAGAAGAAUACGAGAAGCCUACCUUGGAUCGCUCGGCUGACAAGGAAUACAAUGAUCAGAGAGAUAUCCUAAUGUCGAGAGCGUCAAAAAUUGUGCAGAAUGCCAUUGAAAUCGCAAAGUCAAGGAUUGCCUGUAAUUCAUUAUUUCUCAGCCAACCCAUUCCAGAUGACAGGCCUCAGUCUCGUCGUAGAAGUUCUGUUCAGUUCAACGAAACUUCAGUUUUGCAUAUUCACCGCGACAGCAGCGACAUUCCCCGUGACACUGGCUACUUGAGCUCUACAGAUAGGCCUCCAACUCCUUUCAGAGAGGAUCGUCCCAGUUCUGUUGUCUCACAGGCAAUUGAAGAACUCGAGAAAGAACUAGCCUUUUCUUCAGGUAGUUACAUGGCCGAAACAAAAUCAUCCAGUAAUAGUCUUGUUCGACGACGCCUUUCCGAUCCAGGACCAGAGUUUUGCUCCGAAGAUAUAGCGCUCUCGAGGACAGAGCGUUCAGUGUCCGACUCAAACCUAAACGACCAAGGUACUUCCCUAGACAUAAAAGGCUCUUUGUAUGAUAUUUUAAAGAAACGAGAAGAGUCAGCCAGCUGCGAGAUCUCUCCCUCCGAGUCAUAUGUUGUCCUUCCUCAUUUAAACCCUUCUGAGUGUUCCUUGAUUGCCGCCCGAGUAGAGGCUUACGAAGUUUUAUGGAAACAAAAGACGACAACUUGUUCGGUAACAAGCCUGCCAUCUUUAUCUCCCAAAAACUCCUUUGUAGCCGCUGAACAAGUCUAUUCGGGUAAAGAAACGAAAAGACGUCGUUCAGUUUCAUUAUCUUCUCGUCUGCCAGAUAUAAGUAAGUCUGCCUCCAAAAUCUGCAAGCCCUCGUCCAGUGCAAGCUCUCUUAAAGGCCCGUCGUCUCAUCAUGAGGAAACGUCGAUACAAAAGCUCAAUCUUCCCUCCCAGACUUCUCUCAGGGCUUCGAAGGAGUCUUUAAAAGGGGAAUCGAUGUCUAACACUGGAAAAGCCUUACAUUCGUCUCGUGCCUCAGCUGAAAAGUUGUCAUUACCGGUGUCAUCUCGAAGUUCCCUGUCUAAAAAGGAAGAAUCUCGACGAAGUUCAGGAGAAAGUCUGACUUUAUCUUCGCCUAAACCGUCGGUGAGAAACGCGUCUAAUUCACAGCGCACAACAGAUGCAAAGAUUGUCCAAUCUGCUCGCAGCUCACCUUCGAAAGCCACAAUGUCCCCCCGUGCUUCUGUAGAGAAAGCUAUACUUUCAAAGGGAACAUCAUCUAAAACUCAAAUCAAAACGUCUCCAAAAAGUUCUAAACUUCAUGCCUCCACAGAGAAAACGACAACUCCAUCUACUGCCUCUUUGCAAAAAGGACUUACGUCUUCCCGGAGGUCGAUCGAGAUAGCAGCCUUGACCCAAGGAGAGUCAAAACAAACGAAAGCUUCCUCCACAAGUGCUUCAAGCCAGAAAGUUAUAUCUUCACCGACUGUUUCAAAAGAAAGUGUAGUUUCGUCCUUUGCAACAUCAAAGAGAAACACCACGUUGUCCACAAGUGCUUCUACCAGAAACGCCACAUUGUCCCAAUGUAGUUCCAAAGGAAACAUCACACGAUCACAACAUUCUUCUGCAGAGAAUGUAUUAUCAUCCCGAGGUGUCUCCACAGAAGCAACAACAAAGUCGCCUCGUGGAUCUCUUGAGAAAGCAUCAUUGUUGCCGCAUGGCUCUACCGAGAACAUCGUUUCUAAACGAGGUUGCAAAGGGAAGGAUAGAAAGCUAUCAAGUAGGUCAUUUGAAAAUGCAACGAUGCCUUUGAGUUCGUCGAAGGAAGAUGUUACGCAGUCACCAGGUGUUUCCACUGAAAAUACAAAGGUGCUGUCACGUAUUUCCAAGGAGAAAAUCAGGCAAUCUUCUCAAAAUUCUUCUGAGAGAAUUACAUCAAAUAAACGUGGUUCUCAAGGAUUAGCUACCCAGUCUUCGGAUGAGGCCACUCUAUCCUCUGGAUCGACUGGAAGAGUAGCCGGAAGUGCAUCGUCUUCGCUGAAAGCCCCUGAUGAUACAGAGUUAGCAUUGUCUAAGACCUCUAUGACAAUAGUUAAAACACCUGCAAGCCAAUCUGCAAAGGGUCCGGAGUCAGAGCAGGAUACAGUGAAAACGGAACCCACUGGUAGAAAAUUGUCAAAAGAUUUGGUACGGUCUCCUGAAAAACUGAUGGAAAAAAAUGAUCCUAAUCGGGUUUCAUCCCCUGUUGAGAACAUCGCACUUAGAUCAGACAUUGUGCAGGUGAUUGGUGAAGAAUCGAUGAAAACUAAGAAUAUUGAGAUCACCAUGGGCUCCAAGAAAGGUGUUCGUAGCUUAGAGAGACUAAUCCAGGACAAGAGAUUGACUCCGGAAGGAGCUGAGGAGGACCCAAGGCCGGCCUCUGGCGUAGACAUGACAACCAUGAGAAGGUUCACAGAUGCAACAGGAGAAAAAGGGACCGUUACUGUUUCCACGGACAAACGUAAGAGCCCAAAAUCGAUUUCGACGAAAGUCUCAACAAAAUCUUCUAUAGAAAAGGCAGUAUUGAAGUACAAUGAGAAAGAGGAUGUGGUUAUGAAAGGCGGAGGCAAAGAGGAGAGGGAAUUUCAGAGUGUUUUCAUAACGACCGGAGAGAAAUGCUUUUCGGAGGAAGGAGACACGAAAGGGCAACUUAUUGAAAUGACCCAUGCCGCAACGGAGGAGAAGCAACUUGAACAAUUCAGUACGAAAAAAACAGCAAUGAUCAAUUUCGAAGGUUUCCCCUUGUCAAGGAAAAUGAGCGUGUCACGGUCUAUCCACGACACUGUUGAUGAUAUUGUUCAGAAAAUGUUGGACACGACGGGCGAGCCAGCUAAAGACCUCGCUCAUUCUCGUCCCUUGUGUCUUGGAUCGUGCAAAGAGUUCAGGCGUGACAGCGAAGGAAGCCUUGGAAUGCAAAGGCUCAGUAAAGGGAGGCUUCCCACCGGCAAGGUUUCCAGAACAGUGAUAGACACUGUGGACUUUAUGGUUCAAAGCGUUUCAUCAUCUGACAAUUUAGGUUCACGGCAAGGUUCUACUGGACACUUAAGUGAAGGUAAGUUGAGUAAGGCUGUAAAAUUUCAUAACACAGUAUCCUAUUAAAUACCGAAUUACUAUUUUCCUUUUUGUUUAUCUUUUUCCUCCUCAGGCGUAUCAAGAGCCGUCUCCUCUAUGGAGAAAUUAUCCAGAGGUUCCACCUCGGCACAAAACAUCCCAUGUGGCUCUGGAAUGAGUCCAUCUCCACCAACUAGCCUCCAACCAAAAGUACCAUCUCCGAGGAGAUCCUUGUUAAUUGCUACCUCAUCCCAGGACUCAGUGGGAAUCCGUGCCACCCAAUCAGAUUCUAGCAUACUCAGUUUGUCAAGUGAUACAGCCGCUGACCUCAGACAUAAAGUGUCGGGUGCAUGGCUUGAUGGUGCUACCGUCGCAAUUGGGGUGACGUCUGAUAGGGUUAGUCCCCCAGUACGACCCUCCUCGGGUCCAGCUCCCUCACAACAUAGGCGAGCCUCGCAAGGAAGUCUUUCGGUGAAAAAUUCCUUGGAUGGAGUUUGCCUUGAGAGGAAUAACUCAGUCGAUAAAGAGAGUUAA